AUGAAGCGUGCCAUCGAGGUUUUCGGUGCGACGUUUGUACUAAUCGUUUUCUUCGGUGCUACUAUUGGCUUACUAUAUGCGCCAUGCUAUGCCUCUGUAUGUCCAGAGGAAUACCUGCCACGAGAGACGAAAAUUCAUCUUGGCACUUUUUACGUAUCUCUUACCGUGCUUGCUUUCGGGCUCUCUCUUCAAUCUUUCUCCAAGACUGGCGCUAUCCUAAACAUAUAUCGUACGCCCUUCAGGAUUCCGCUCAUUCAGAAAACAAUCACGAUAGGCGGGUUUUUGACGUCCGCUUGGAUCCUUGGUACCACCCUUGCUACAACUGCCAUUUGGAAACCCGCCUUUCUUAAUUAUUGGGGACGGAGGACCGAUCCUCUGGAUUGGACAUCGGCAAAGAUUCAGCUUACAGUUACUGCCGUUACCGGGCACUAUGCUGACUUUCUCAUCGGAAUGCUAGUUAUUCCUAUCUCGAGAAACAGCCUGGUAGGUCGAGCUUUUGGGGUCCACCAGAGUACUUUGUUGUUCGCGCACAAAAUCAUAUCGUAUCUGUUCAUACUUGCUGUUAUAGCACAUGGGACGAGCUAUGCUUUGUAUGCUACGUCUCCAUCUACAGGAGACGAAAGACGAGAUGAAGAGUUUGCUACCGGCAACCCAACAAUGACUCGUACGGCAAGCAAAUCACGGAGCUGGUGGUACACAACUACUACGUACAACGGUGCUGCUACCCUCACCGUAAUGAUCUUCAUCCUUGCAACUUCUUUGCCAUUUGUACGACGAAAACAUUACAAUUUGUUCUAUUACUCCCACCUCCUCUGUGGAAUCACCAUCAUUAUCGGAUCCUGUGUGCAUGCAAGCACUGACUUCUAUCUUAUUUUCCCCGGAUUAUUCCUUUACGUUGUUGAUUUGAUCCAACGCUUUUUUUCGGGAGAAGCAGGUGGGCUACACAACAAACACGUCGCAGUUAUAGAGAACGCUAGCGGCGACUGGUACAGAAUUAUCGUUCCCCCCUUCGAAAAAGUAAAAGCUAGCAGCAACGAGCUUAUCCUCCCAGUAGAAACGGUUGUGCCAACGGGCUAUCCGCUGAAGUGUUUCUACCUCAACUUCCCCGUCAUCAGCAAAACACAAAACCAUGCAUUUACAGCGGCGAAGUCUAGUCCGCUUGGCACCGGCACUGUUUUCCUUUUUCAGCGUUCACGAGGAAAGGCUCAAAAAAGGCUCAACGAUGAGUGGACUUGGAAGUUGGCGGCCUUGGUUCCUAAACCUAACGACAGGAAAGACGUGGAAGUGCGCCUUGAAGGUCCUUAUUUGCCACGAGACCCGCUGUUUGAGACAGCAUCUCAUAUCAUCUGCAUUGUAGGAGGAACGGGAUUUACGGGCGCGUACAGUCUUGCUCUUUGGUGGUUGGAAAUGAGAGCUACAGUCGACAAUAGCUUUUUCACCCUUGUUUGGACCAUUCGCAGUAGGGAGUCUGGUAACAUUGAAGAAUGGGUCAAACUCAACCAGGUUGCUACCUCGAUUGCAGGCUUGUCGUUGGUGGCUCAUAUCAGUUCUGAGGCUGGAAGGCUAGAUCCAGGCAUGCAUAUUCGAAGGAGUCUUGGCCUUGAAGAAACUUUUGGCGCUGGUUGUUUCAUUCCUGAAACAGGGAGCACAGCGUGGGUCUAUGGUUCAGGGCCGGAAGGGCUAGUUCAAGCUACAGGAAAGGCCUGUGAAGAGGCCAGACGCGAUAUUCGAAAGAGCAAAGCAUUUGGUAGCUCACUUGUAAGAGAAUUGAGAUGGUUUGUUACGGAUGAACCGAACAGUGACGAUUCUGAGUGGCCGGAGGGCGACGAAGAAUCCUACGAGGAGGACCUAUGGGGACAGGAGGACGCGGACAGGCUCUAUGCAGACGAGGCUGACCACAACAUGGACACGUGA